AUGGAUGACAACCUAAACACCUCUGUGGUAGAGAUUGGUCCAUGGUAUGUGUCCAAGUUCAGACCAACUGUUGUUCAGGAGAGCAAGUUAACCAAGGAUGCAAUGAGAACGAUGGGACCAGCAAAAGUAGAACUGCCAUCUCCAGAUAAAUACCUCAAGAAGCCUUCAAAAGAGUCCAAACCUCUUGAAGUGACAGAGUGCUCCAAAGAUGCUCAUAAAACCUACACCUGCACUGAGAAGAAACCACCAGUUCCUUCAAGGACUGACAACCCACUCAUUCACACCAAGAGGGACUUUAUAAAGACAGCUACUGCGGUGCCAAAGAAGCAACAACCUAUGUGGGUGGACACCAACACGGGACACAAGCAGCCUCUUGAAAACUCAGGACUUGUCCCAAAGUACAUAAAGAAAAAGGAUUAUGGUAAAGUACCUGCAUACCUACAGCAGCGCAAUGAGGAAAAGCUGAGGGCUGAGGAGGAGUACAGCAAGUUUGUUCAAGAACAGAGGGAACAGAGAGCUCCAAGACGUCUGCCAGAUGAGGAGCGACGAGGAGUUCUCAUAAGUGAUCAAAUCCACAGCACUGAAUGUCUCCACUUCCCCCUUAAGUGUAAACAUCAGAUAAAAUACCCAUCAAUUUAA